UCGGAAGAGACAGCGGAGGGAGGUUGACUAAAAAGCCAAGGGUUUCCUGAGAAGUGUUUUUAUUUAUUCGUUAGAAGGUGCUCGUGCCGUGACAGGAGGGAGUGUGCGGUGUUUUGUCUAGCCUGUAUGUGUGCAGAAGAACGUUGCGGUAGCUACGAUUUGACGACCACUUCUCUAAACGUCUAGUCGAAUGUUCCAGAAUGUCACAGUGGCAAAACUUGCGGCAGCUGGAUACAGUGUAUCAGCAGAGAGUUUCUGAUCUGUACAACAGAGAUGAAUUCCCUAUGGAUGUGAGACAUUACCUGGCACACUGGAUUGAAGGCCAGGACUGGGAACGUGCAUCCCGGGACCCUUCCCUGGCAGUGCUUUUGUUUCAGGUGCUUUUGGAGAAUCUGGAUAACCAGUUCAGCCGUUUUGCUCAAGACAGAGAGAGUUUCCUACUGCAGCGUAAUUUCAGACGCUACAAACAAAAUUUUCAGAUGUAUCAAGAGGAGCCUUAUAAUCUAGCUGUUAUUAUUCACUGGUUCCUGACCAAGGAGAAGGAGAUCUUGAAUGAUGCAGAGCUUGCACAGAAAGUGCAGACGUUGCAUGUUCAGCCAGCUGCGAUGGAGAUGGAGAGCCAGAGAAAAAUAGAAAAAAAAGUAAUAGAGCUUAAACAAAAAGCAGAGGUGAUGGAGCACUAUAUAAGAUGUUUGGAGGAGCAGCAGGAUGAGUUUGAUUUUAAAUAUCAGACGAACAAAAUGGACUCUGGCCCAGCAGAGGAAAAGAAGGUGCAAGAUCAAGUACUCCAAAAGAUGCUCAACGCACUUGAUAAAUCCAGGAGGAAAUUCCUGUCUGAUAUUUCGACUAUGAUGAACUCUGCGAAUUGCCUGUGCUCGGUGCUCGUAGACGAGGAACUGGUGGACUGGAAGCGGAGGCAACAGACAUCUUGCAUUGGUGCUUCAGAUGAUACAAGUCUGGAACAAUUAGAGAAAUGGUUCACUCAGACAAUAGAGUGUAUGUUUCAGCUUCUGAAGUUCUUACAGAAGCUUGAUGAGCUGGGGGGGAAGAUGACCUAUGUAAAUGACCCCAUCUCUGUCCAAAAAGCACCCUUAAAGGAAGCGACAGAAGGUCUCCUGACUCGUUUGCUGAAGAGCGCAUUUGUGGUGGAGUCUCAGCCAACCAUAUCUCAAGGUCGAGGGCCACUGAUGCUACGCACAAAUUCCCAGUUCUCAGUAAAAGUCAGAUUCUUGUAUAAAGUUCCAGAGCUCAACCAUUUUAUGAAAGUGAACGUCUUCAUUGAGAAGGCUGCUGCAAAAUUAAAAGGGUUUCGAAGGUUUAACGUUCUGGGAACUUUAAGUAAAGCCCUUAACAUGACUGAAAGUUUGAAUGGGGGUAUGGUGGCUGAUUUCAGACAUUUGACUUUGAAAGAUCAGAAAGUUGGUGGUGGAGGAAAAGGAAUCAGUGAUCUCUUAUUGAGUGUGACAGAAGAACUGCACAAAAUACAUUUUGAGACACAGUUUGACUAUCAAGGCCUGUCUGUGUCCUUGGAGACCUCUUCUCUUCCUCUUGUGGUCAUUUCAAACUCCAGUCAGCAGCAAAGCGCCUGGGCGUCUGUUUUGUGGUUUAACAUGCUGUGCUCAGAUCCCAAGAACGUUACAUUUUUUGAGAGCUCUCCUGUAGCCACGUGGCCACAGUUUGGGGAGAUGUUGAGUUGGCAGUUUCUCUCAUGUGGAAACCGUGGUCUGGACAGUGAUCAGUUGGAGACCCUCGCCAUCAAACUCUUCGGUAAACAAAGCAGUUAUGACAACUGUACGAUAUCCUGGGCAAGGUUCAGUAAGGAGAACAUACCUGGUACAAACUUUACCCUGUGGGUGUGGCUAGAUGGUGUUCUCAACCUGGUUAAAACCUACCUGUCUGACCUUUGGAGUGAUGGGUCUAUAAUGGGUUUCGUGAGUAAGGGGAAGGAAAAAGUUUUGUUGAAGAAGAAACAGCAUGGCACUUUCCUGCUGCGUUUUAGUGAGAGUAUCAGAGAUGGUGGAAUCACAUUCAGCUGGGUGGAGUAUUCCAACAACGGCACACCAAAUGUGCGUGCAGUGCAGCCGUUUACAGGCACAGACCUGAAGCAGAUUGCUUUACCCAACAUCAUUCUCAACUUUCAGAUCAUGCAAGCAGAAAACAUUCCAGUUAACCCGCUCUCUUACCUAUACCCCAAUACUCAUAAAGACCAGGCGUUCGGCAAGUAUUACAGCGAAAAGACUGGAGAUGAGAAUCCUUACCUGAAGUACCUCAGAACCAAACUGGUAUUUGUCUCUAAAGAGAACGGAAGUACAAGCUCCAGGGAGGAGCCAGUUUCUGACCCACAGUACAGCGACUCUCCUGGUUCUGAGUUGGACAGGGAUGACGUGCUCCCAGGGUCCGAAAACUCACCAAUGUUCCCCAGCUUUCCCACUGAUGCCGAUUUAGUCAACAGCAUAUUGGAAGACGAUUUUAGCAGCUGUGCGGAUACAUUUAGCCACUUUUCAUCAUCGGGCCUCCAAGACACUCCUCCACAAAUAAAUGUGGAAGACCUUUUUCCGGAAGCACUGUCACCAGACACAGAUGGUAGUGAUGCAUUGCGAAAUUUUCUAAACAGUCCAAACAUGCUGAAUGAAGUAAACCGUCGCUUUUUGCUGGAAGAUCAAGAGAGCUUUAUUUUAGAUAAUUUUGUGGAGGAAAUUAGCUAUUCGCUUGGCAAUCCACUAACCCCCUGAGUUUUUGCUUUUAAUUCAUAACCCAUGACCAGCUUAUUUUAAUUUACGUUCGUAUAUAAUUCACAAAUAUCUGGCUCACUGAAACUAUACACUUUAUUGAAGCACUAGUCAUGUGUUAACACCUGCUAUGUAAAUCGGGCAUUGGGGAAUUGUGAGAAUCUCAUGAACAACACAGAUGUUUCUGUGGUGAUAUCUGUCAGAUCAUUAUUUGGUAAUCGCUUCACGUUGGGUCCUGAUCACCCCGUCGUGGUAUAUUCUGCGAUAAGCAGCCAUCUUUACAUGGUUCCACGUAUUAAUUGUGCAUGUUUAUGUUGAGUUUGUGUAAUAUUAAACUGACUCACAGUCCCCGGAUGACCCUUUGUUAAUAGUUUUGAGCACUUAUGAGGGAAUAACAGACCUUGGAAUGUCACGACUAGCCCGUCAGAAUCAAGUAUUCAAGAGCGCUGUGUAAUAAUAUAGAAUUAACUCACAAGUGGAAUUAUUUAAUUGAAGUGAAUUGUAAAACACAUUUGUCUCCAUUUUUAACACUUAAUCUAUUUGUGGGAAUAUCCUAAACAGAUGCUUGAUUCUUUAUUUCACAAUGUUACUUUUGUAACAAGAGUAAUGUUUAUGAUGCUACUAUUGUAAUCUUCUAAUAGUAAGAUGAGACUUUAUAUAUCUGCAAGACAUGAUAUUUUUCAAUGAAAAACUAUAGCAGUGAUUUUUAUUCUAGAUUUACCUAAAAUUACCUGUGAAAUUGUAAAUGUCUAGUGACAAGCAAAGUUUUCUCUUGCAUUCUGUUAGAACAUUAACCUCUACUUUAUUUUUUUUAAAAUCACUAUUAGGCCCCUUUUUGUUAGUAAACAUUGUGGCAUGUUUUUGUGGGUGGAGCAUAGGUGGAGGCAGAAAGAUUCCCCUGGCCGCUUUACUAAAGCCCACCAGACCCACCAGAGCGUCUGCAGGCAAACAAUAAUUAAAUAAAUGUUUAGCAACAACAGCUAAUACCGAACUUUAGAAGUGAUGAUAUGCGGAUUCAUAUAUCAGCAUUAACGAUAUAAACAGAGACGGGCAGGGUGGACGCAGGUAUCAUUAUAAUAUUCCCAAAACGGCUCCUCAAACAAUGUUAAAAGCACAGAUGUGUUUAUUUUAUGUCACAGACACUAGCAUAAUACAGUAAUGUACAAUUCAUAAACGCGAAAUAAUCUCUACAUAUCAAUGGAGCAAGGUCGUUACAGCAAUUUACCAUGGUAAAAACAGUUAAUCCUUCCAAAGCACAUAUAAGUAAACGAUAAAUAAAAAAAAUUUUCGGUAGCCUACUACACAUAUAAAUUAAAUUUUAUGAUUACGUUAGAUAUUUUAGCCUACAGGAUGUUUGUACAUCUGCAAAUGUAUCAUGUUUUAAAAAGGAACUGAGAAAUUGCGGUUAAAAACUCAUUAAAAGACAUUUUAAAUGCAUAGAAACAUUAAUAUGUUCAUUUAGAGAUGACAAGCAUAUGGAAAUUUGUACCGCUUUGUCACAUUUAUGGUUUUUGGUUUCUUUAUCAGCAGCUGCUCCGUUCCGUGCUUCAUACGCCCUUACGUCUAUACGAGCCAGCGUCGUCUUUGCACAUGCGCACAAUUUCCUACUUCGGUUUUCAAUCUGAUCAAGUGUAUACAUGUCCUAUCAAGCGGAUUACAAACGGGAUAAACCACCCUUUACAAUCCGACUAAAAUUUCAAUCAGCUUGGGCAUUUUUAAUCUGAUUGACGUGUUUAUAUGGAGCGUUUUCAUUCGGAUUGGAUUUUUAAUCAGAUUACAUUGGUCCAUGUAAACGCAGCUAAUGACUGGAGAAAAUCCGAUUUAGUUUGAAUGUGUUUGGUCAGUAACUGCCUGGGACUGUGACUGUUGUUGAAAAUGUGAACUUUAACGUAAGGAACCAGAUUGCCCAACCUAUAUACACUCGCUUAAUAGACGGACGAACUGUCCGUAUUACCUUCCAUACCAGUUAAGUGGUCUGACAUCUACACAUACCACUUAAAGAAACCAAGCGUGUAUAGGAAAGAGAAAAUGAGAACGUAUAUGUCUUUAGAUGCUUAUAUACUCACAGUGGCAAACGGUACCAAAUGCAACUACUUAACACACUUGAGACAUAACAUGAACUUACUCACUGUUUUCUCUCCCCAAAUCUACUAAUGCACUUAUGAAAACUGUACAAACAGCAACGGCAAACAGUUUCCUUUAUGAUUAGUCUCCCGUCGUUGGCUAACUGCUAACAAAGUUAGCUUAUAUAUGCGCUAAAACGGAAAAUAACUUAACUUGUUCCCCCGUUGUUGUGAUUAGGUGGGCAAACAUGAUAAUUUUUUAGACACAUACCCAAACCAUAAUCCAUACCAACAAAAGACAGGGGUUUAUUUAACAUUAAGUGAUAUAAAGUCUACAGUGAAAACGCCAGCAAUUUUGAUGAUAAUUUCUACUGGUCAGCUCAUUUUGUUGUGUUUAACUAUAGCUGUCGCCAGUGUUUUUGUUUGGCAAUGGCAGCAGGUAACGUUAUGUGUUAAAAUAUCAAAUUGGAGACUGUAUUCUGUCGAUUGUGGCACGAAACAACACAACAAGAUGAUAUUUUAAACGUUACGUGUUAAAAUAUCAAAUUGGAGACUGUAUUCUGUCGAUUGUGGCACGAAACAACACAACAAGAUGAUAUUUUAAACUCCUUAUUUAGCCGAAUCUGUGCUGGUUUGUAUUGGCCCGCUUCCAGUUCUUUUCCCUUUGUUUUGCCUCCAGCUAGCGCCGUGACGUAUUCGUGACGUCGGCCGUAAAGGGGUCUAUUGGGCAUAUUGUUGGGAAGUACCUUAAUGUGUUACUCGCAAUACUCUACUUUUAUUGCAAGUCAACUGGAUUUUUUUAUGAUUAAAAAAAGCAUUCGAUGGCUUUUACUAAAUUGCACAAGCCCAAGGAAAUAGAAGUGUCAAAUUUUCCUGUUUCCUGCACUAAUAGCUGAUUCACCAUUUACAAAUCAUGAUUGGUCAGAAACUAUUUAUAGCUUUGGUAAAACAGGAAGUGGUGCUUUUAUUUGGGACUUCAUUUAUUUGCACUUUCAAAAAUUAAAAAACUUAGUCAAUGGUAAGGUUUUAUCUCAGUUGUGGUGGUUUGUCAAUCUGCUUAUUUGUUCCCAUAAUGAAAGACUUGAUUUGAUCAAGGAAUUUCUGUAUGUGUGACCUGGAAAUGUACUUUUAUCCCCUCAUUGACGUAGUAAAGUAAUCCUUUACUACGUGAAUUUUGAGUCAGAAUGUAUGCUUGAUAAUACUGCCAUUGGCAGAGAAUGGCGUAGAAAUGCACUUCAGUGGAAAUUUGAAAGCAUAGAAUGCUUCUGAUUUCUUGCUAAAUUAAAUGAUUUUACUUUUUUUUUCUUCAUGGCUUUGUAGACAUUUAUUAAUUUAUAUUCGUAGAGCAUGUUUUUGUGUGUGUGUUGUUUGUUUAUGUGAUAACUGGAUAGAAUUCUAUGCCAUGUACUGUAUAUAGUCAGGCAUAUCUCUCUCAUAAUCAUUUUGUUAACAGUUUGCUAAAAUUAAAAAAGUUGAACCAGUCAGUAUCCAUUCUAUUACAGUUAGCCAAAAUUCACUUCAUUAUUUGUUUGAUUUGUCACAUUUCCACUAUGAUGUAUAUUCAGUUUAUCUAUUAAUAAUUUUCAAACUAAUUAUGGAUUUGUAAUCUGGAAACUCUUGUCUUUUUUUUAUUAAUAAAAUUUAUGGAAAUAUA